GAAUAAAUGUGAUUUAAACUGAAAUAUUCAGUUUCUCUACCUGAGAAAAAUUUCCCAACUUUUGUUAUCAUAAUUUUUUUUUGUAGCUAAUUUUUUGUUACAAGUUGUGGUAGAGCAUCGCCUACCUGUUACGGGUUACAGGUUAUUCCAUUCACUCGUGUUCGAAUACAGUCAUAAAUACGUUUCAAAAUGUAUAGCCUACCAGUCAAAACAUCCUACGAAUCCAAUGAUGUACCUAUCCCAGGCGACUUCCUCAGGUCGGAACCACAUGAUGCGCAGCCUAUCACUUUCAAGAAGAUAGACUUCGCUGAGACCGUCCUAACGGAGUAUAAAGGCCUGUACGCCGUCGUGCUAGACCAUGUCAUCAGCCCGUCCGAGUGUGCGAAGCUCAUAGAGCUAGCCGAAGCCAGCGUGCCCCCGAAGAACAAAAACAAGAUAAAUGGGUCGCCCUGGGCUCCUGCGCUCGUCAAUGUCGGGCGUGGCUAUGAGGCCGAGGUGCUAGACUACCGCAACAGCGACCGAAUUAUCUGGGACCAGCAGGACAUCGUCGACCGUCUCUGGGCGCGCCUAGAGCAAGUCCCACAGAUCAAAGAGACGCUGCUCACGUCCGAGCAACCGAAAGGAAUAGUGUGGGAUUUCCAGCGCGUUAACAAGCGCAUGCGCUUCUUAAAAUACGGCCAGGGCCAGUUCUUCAGGCCGCACUGCGACGCUCCUUACGGCGAGACGGGAGAAGAUGGGAAGUCUGUUCUCACGCAUUAUACCCUUCACUUAUACUUAAACGACUCAAAGCAGGAGGUCGGUGACGCCGCUGACCUAGUUGGUGGCGCGACGUCCUUUCUGUCGACAAACCAGGUGCGAAAGCUGGACGUGAACCCUAAGGCCGGCAGGGUUCUGAUAUUCCAGCACCGGCGACUGUAUCAUGCGGGAGAUGACGUUUUGGAGGGGAUCAAGUAUACGAUGAGGACGGACAUCAUGUACACGAUUCGCGAUUCGGAGGAUCAAUCUCGAUGAGCUUUGUUUACCUAUAUAUUAGAACAUUAUGUCUGUAAAACGGCCAAUAGCAACGCCUAAGAGUUGAU